CGGAGAGAAAAACUUUGAAUAUAAAUAUUUCCACAUUGCCACCUUCAUCGUCCAGUUUACAUGUCAUCCAACAUCAACAACAACCACUUGUGAUCCAAAAAUGUCAUCUUCUGCACCCACCAGCACCUCGUACGAGGCAGAUGUGCACUCUUCUGAUGGAAAGUCUCCCGAUUUGGAAAAGGUCCAAACCUCCGAUUUCCCUGAUGGUGGUACCAAAGCCUGGCUCGUUGCGGCCGGCGCUGCUGUCGCCAUGUUUUCGACCAUGGGCUUCGUAAACAGCUUUGGUAUCUUCCAGUCGUACUACAAAACCAACCAGCUUCCCCAUGAGACCAACGACAACAUUGCCUGGAUCGGCAGCAUUCAAGCAUGGCUCAUGUUCUGCACGGGUAUCGUUGCAGGCCCCUUAACCGACCGCUACGGCCCAUGGAUUAUUCGCCCGGCCGCUGUGGUCUAUCUCUUUGGUAUCAUGAUGACCAGCCUCUGCACCAAGUACUGGCAGUUCAUGCUCGCCCAGGGCAUCGUCACCGGAAUCGGCAACGGCUUUGUCAUGUUCCCUACGUUUGCUGUGGUUCCGCAGUGGUUUGAUAAGAAGCGCGGAGCUGCUCUGGGUAUGACCAUUGCAGGAUCAUCUGUUGGUGCAAUUGUGCUGCCUAUUCUGCUCUCCAACUUGCUCACCCACACAAACCUUGGCUUUGGCUGGUCGGUCCGAAUCCUCGGCUUCUUCCUCAUGCCGUUCUUGAUUUUCGCCUGCUUGACGGUGAAGAGUCGUCUACCACCCCGCAAGACUAGAUUUCUCUUUCCGGAAGCCUUUAAGCAGCACAUGUAUGUGCUGCUGAUUUUGGCUGCCUUUUGCACCAUGGUUGGCAUGUUUGUGCCUCUGUUCCUCAUCUCCUCCUUUGCCAUCACCAGGGGUGUUGAUCCAUCGUUGGCCUUUUACCUUGUUGCGAUUCUCAAUGGCGCAUCAUUCUUUGGCCGUGUUAUCCCAGGCAUCAUGGGCGAUAAGGUGGGCCGCAUAAACGUCUUCGUUGGUGCAGCACUAGCCACAGGAAUCGUUUGCUUCUGCUGGCCUCAUGCGUCGAACACAGGAGGCAUUAUUGCCGUGGCUGUUGUAUUUGGGUUCUGCUCAGGUGCUAUCAUCUCUGGGUUUUCGACAGCUCUCACUCUUUGCGUUGAAAAUCCCAAGAACAUGGGCACCUACAUGGGCAUGGGUAUGGCUCUGGCGUCCUUUUCAUCCAUCCUGGGACCCCCAGUUGCUGGGCACUUGCUGGACACUUAUCACGGAUUUAACCAAGUGUCGUAUUUCGCCGGAGCUUUGACCAUUGCAGGGGGAUUGUUUGCUACGGUCGCCAAAUACUACUCGCCCGUUGGCCUCUUUGGCCGUACAUAGAAAACAUGACCCUACCACGACGCUGGAUUUUGUGAUAUAGAUAGAAACACCCCACCCCCGUUGAACAUAAACAUACACAACUUGAUGUAAAAUAUAAUGGAAUUGAAACAUUUCAAAUGCGACUAGUAAUAAAAAAGGAAGUUAUCUGUAAAGUAGCUAAGGGCAGAUCCAUAAAGCCACAUAGAGAGGAGCUCCUCUGGAAAUCUUCUAGGCUCAAGUACAGUAUUAAUCAAUGUUGUCAUUGUACACGGGCAUCGUACCCUCGUGGUUAUUUUUUGUCUCUAGGUAAUGACCGGUUUGCUGUUACCUGUCGCACCGUAGAUGAAAAGCGCCAGAAUUCGUCUGCUGAUAUUAUUCCCCGCUUCCUGGUCUAUAAAGGUAUUGUGUCCUACACCAUUAUCCUCCUCCUGCUCCGAUCGUGAUUUGGUAUUUUGUUGUUUACAGGAGAAGCUCGAGAGGGUUCUCGAUGACCUUCUUGAGCUCGCGGAUCCAUUCGCCACCAACAGCACCGUCAACAACCUUGUGGUCGAAGCUGGCGGUAACAGUGAUCUGGUCCUCCCACUCGAUGCCCUCGGUGCCGUCCUCGUUGACGGUGGGGACAGCAACCUUCUUGGUAGUGCCAACAGCGAGGAUGGCAGCCUGGGGAGGGUUGAUGACGGCGGUGAAGUGGUCGACAGCGUGGUUCAUGCCCAUGUUAGAGAUGGAGAUGGUGCCGCCCUGGUAUUCCUCGGGCUUGAGCUUGUUGUCGCGGGCCUUCUUGGCAAGCUCCUUGACCUUGCUGGAGAUGGACUCGAGGCCACGGCCCUCAACACCAGUGACGAUGGGGGUGAUGAGGCCAGUGGGGGUGGCGACAGCAACCGAGACGUCAACGGAGGAGAACUGGCGGAUGGAGUCAUCGCGCCAGCUGGAGUUGACGGCAGGGACCUUCUUGGAGGCGACGGCGAUGGCCUUGAUAAGGAAGUCGUUGACAGAAAGCUUGAACUGACCCUCGGAAGAGGCAUUGAGAGCCUGGCGGAGCUUAAGGAGCUUGCUAACAGACAGAGUGCUGGUGACGAAGAAGUGGGGGUUCUUCUGGGUAGACUCAAGAAGGCGGUUGGCAAUAACCUUGCGCAUGCCGGUCAGAGGAAUAUCCUCGUAGGCAGCACCAGCGGCAGCAGAAGCAGAAGCAGGGGCGCUGACGGCCUUCUUGACGUCCUCCUCAGUGAUCUUGCCACCCUUGCCGGAGCCCUUGACGGAGGCGAGGUUGACGUUGUUCUCGCGGGCGAGACGGACGGCAGCGGGGAGAGCAUUGGGCUCACGGUCGAGCGCAGUCUCGAGAGCACCACCGGAAGAAGCGUACUGCUCGGGCUCGGGGGCGGAGGAGGGAGCAGCCGGGGCAGGCUCAGCAGCCUUGGCAGAGUCGGCGGCCUGGACGGGGGCACCGUUGCCGCCAGCAUCCUCGAUGGUGAACUUUUCGAAAGCGGAAACGUCGGCGCCCUCUUCAACAAGAACGGCAAUGGGCUGUAGACAGAUAUAUGUUAGCGAUUGACUCCAAUUGGCACUUGGUGAUGCCUGCUGGAGGGUGGGAAGCACCGGGCCCGUCGAGGGACACUGCUGCUAUUACUUACGCUACCGACGGGGAUGUCCUUCUCGCCAGACUCACGGAGAACCUUGGCAAUGGUGCCCUCCUCCUGGAACUCAAAGUCCAUCUGGGCCUUGUCGGUCUCGAUCUCGACGAGGACGUCACCAGGGGCGAUGGCAUCGCCGGCCUUCUUCUGCCAAGCACCGAUGUUGCCAGCGGUCAUGGUAGGGGAGAGGGCAGGCAUCUUGAUGACCUGGUGGUCGGGGAAAGAGGCAUAGUAGCGGACAACGUGCGAGGAGAAACCCGUUCGCAGGGCGCUGUGGGUAGGGGCGAUAAUUCGCCUUCUGAGAGCGGCGCUGAGCAUGGCUGUGAAAAUGUCUCGUUGACGAGGUCGGGGCGGGAUUAUGUCGGAGAGGAAGCGAAGCACGGCGGCAGGCAAAAUAAAAUGCGAACGAGCCGAAGCUUAGACAGCAAUUGAUUAAAAAUAAUCAAGAAACAAAAACACCCGAAAUAAGAACGGGAGAAUUGCUGGUGUCGCGC